CACUGCUUCCAAUUAAGUGGACAGCCAUUCGUUUCCAAGCAGGAUUGUGAACCUUUUUCCUUUUUUUGUUUGCCUCUCCUUUUUUUUUUUAAGGGGGGGGGUAAUGAACUUUGGGAAAAGGGGGGGGAGCAUCAGGUUUUUUUUGGCCAAGCAGAGUGUUUCAGGGUGAGAACGUAAAAGAGUUAAGAGAGCGGAGCCGAGAGUAGCAUCGCCUUCUGGGCUUGCCUUUUCCUUUUUUUUUUCCUCCCUCCUUCCACUCCUGCGUUCCUCUCUCCUCUCUCCUCAGGGGAUGAAACUCUAACGCACAGACAUGGUCCUGCUCGGGCUGCUGCCUCUCCUUUACUUCUCGGUUGUGUUUCCCCACCCAGCGGACGCCCAGAGCGCAGGAGGCGAGAGGAUAAAGGUCCUCUUCACCCCCACCAUCUGCAAAGUCCGCUGCACCCAGGGCCACUGCACCAAUUUCUGCGAACGGGGUAACAUCACCACCCUGUACAGCACCAACCACGGCCGGCCAGAACCAGGAUCGGGCUUCCGAGUCUUUCUCUGCCCUCUGCUGUGCCAGAACGGAGGGGUGUGCAUACAAAAGGACCGCUGCCUCUGUCCCCCAACCUUCACGGGAAAGUUCUGCCACAUCCCUGUUCGCUCCUCCACCAAUGAAAUUAGGAAGCUGCCCCCAGCCGCUGCCCUCUCGUCCAAUCAGCAGAGGCUGACUGAGUCAGAGUACACUCUCCCCCUGCAAAACCACCAAUCGCUGCAAAGUGGAGGUUCAUCCCUGGUGAAGGUCCGUGUCCAACACCCUCCGGAAGCCAGCGUCAAAAUCCACCAGGUGCUGAGGGUGAGGGGAGUUCAGGAGGAGGCUGAGGAGCAGCAGGCUGAUACCGGCGUGGGGACAGGGGGCUUGUCGGGCAGGAGACACAGCUUGCUUCCAGGCGAGAGAGCAGAGGCGCCCCCUCCGCGGGUCCAAGCCCAGACGGUACGCGGGGACCCCAGCUACACCGAGUCUUCGGGGUUCAAGUACUGCUUCGGGGAGGUGCGCAACGGUCAGUGUAGCUCCCCUCUCCCUGGCCUGAGGUCCCAGGAGACAUGCUGCCGGGGUGCAGGACUGGCGUGGGGGAUUACAGAGUGUAUACUCUGUUCCACCCUUUCAGGUUCUGGUGGCAGCGGAGACCGAAGUUGUCCGCAGGGAUUUGAAAGGAGGAACGGGACCCAGUGUGUUGAUAUUAAUGAGUGUUCGCAGCCUGGGUUCUGUGUGAACGGAGACUGUGUGAACACUAGAGGGAGCUACAGCUGUGUCUGCAAGCAGGGCUAUAUAUUGGAUGCCUCUCACGGAAUCUGUAUCUCCCAGAAAGUGAUCUCCGAGGACAAGGGCCAGUGCUACCGUCUCUUGACGUCGGGCAUCUGCUCCCUGCCCAUCCUGAGGAACAUCACCAAGCAGAUCUGCUGCUGCAGUCGGGUGGGCAAGGGCUGGGGCAGGAGCUGUGAGAGGUGUCCACCCUUCGGCUCAGCGGAUUUUAAGGAGAUAUGCCCAGCAGGGCCUGGCUACCACUACUCUGCCUCCACAGUUAAGCUCAACCCCAGGCUUGUGAAUCUACAAGGUGGGGGGGCUUCCCUCGACUCCCAGAUCAUAGCUGAGCUGCAGUUCGGUGGUGUCCCCACCGCACAGCCCACAAGAGGCCCCACACGUGAGUCCCAGAAUUCACCAUCCAGCAUGCCUGGGGUUCUAGAGCCUGACUGCAGGAAAACAACCCGCCCUGAGAUAAGAGAUGGCUUUGCAACAUCACAGCCAUUGCAGAAUGGAGCACACACAGACACAUUCGUAUCUCUCAGCUCAGUGUUCAUCUGCAUCAGGCCCUGCAGGAAUCAGGUCACUCAGAAAGCCGUUUUGGGUGGGGGAAUGCACUAUAUCUCAAUGCAAUACGUCAAUGAGUGUGAGAACCCCUUGAUUUGUCCCGGGCAGGAGUGUGUUAACUCCGCAGGCUCCUUCCAGUGUAUUCCUUGUCGACAAGGGUACAGACUGCAGAAUGGCAGGUGUACAGGUUUUAUCCCGUGGCCAGACGUGGACGAGUGCGCCAGGCCGGGGCUGUGCCAGGACGGCCGCUGCACCAACACGGAGGGCUCGUUUGAGUGCCAGUGCCUCACCGGCUUCACCACGAACCCGGAGCGGACCGCCUGCCUCGACGUGGACGAGUGCGCCGAAUCGAGGGGCGCGGUGUGCAGAAACCAGCGCUGUGAGAACACCAUCGGCUCCUUCCACUGCAUCACCAUCUGCGAGCCGGGGUACAGGGUCACGGCCAGCGGGGACUGCGUGGACAUCAACGAGUGUGCCAACAACACCAUCUGCGGAGAGCACGCCUUCUGUCAGAACCUGAUGGGCUCGUACCAGUGCAUGUGUGACCCGGGUUACGAGACGGCAGAAGAUGGGAGGAGAUGCAUGGACGUGAACGAGUGUGAGAGCAUGCCGGGCGUCUGUGGGGCCGCCCGCUGCGAGAACGUGGAGGGCACUUUCCUGUGCAACUGCCGCAACGAGCAGGACGAGUACGACCCGCAGACCAGACAGUGUGUGAGCAGGCCCGCAGCAGAGCCCCGAGUGAUACCCAUCAAUGCCGGGGGGGCGUUAGUACCGGACUCCAGGCCGCAGCGCAGCGACGCGCAGGAGUGCUACUACAACACCGGAGACACGCGAAUGUGCAGCACGCUGUCACGCAACACCACGCGCCAGGAGUGCUGCUGCACCAUCGGGGAGGGCUGGGGGCUGGGGUGCAGCUUUACACCCUGCCCGGCGCCUGGCACAGAGGAAUUCCAGGCUCUGUGUCCACGUGGGCAGGGAUAUGUGACAACAGGGCUGGGGUCCUUCAGUUACCAAGAUGUGGAUGAGUGCAAGAUCUUUCAUCCGGAGAUCUGCAAAAAUGGUGUGUGCUCUAACAACAUCCCUGGGUUCAACUGCUACUGCUUCUCCGGCUACUACUAUGAUUCAACCUUACUGGAGUGCAUUGAUAACAACGAGUGUGACAACGAGGAGGCCUGCAAAGACGGGCAGUGCAUCAACACCGAGGGCUCGUACUACUGCACCUGCCAGGCCCCGCUGGUCCUGGACGACACUCAGAUGAGCUGCAUCAACACCACCAGCGAAGACCUCGAUGAGAACCUUGCGUACUGCUGGCAGGAGCUGACCCUAGACCUGGUCUGCCAGCGGCCUCUCCCGGAGAGACAGGUGACCUUCACGGAGUGCUGCUGUCUGUAUGGGGAGGCCUGGGGCCUGAAGUGUGCUCUCUGUCCCGGCCGGGACACGGAGGCCUAUGAGACGAUGUGCAACACUCUGAGACCCCCAGCCUAUGGCCCUUCUUUCGGGGGGCGGUACAGGCCCAUGCUCGGUGGGGAUUAUGGGGCGCCUUAUGGGCCGAAUAUCUUUGCUGAGCCCCCUCCCAGGCCUGGGGGCCCUGACUUCCUGAUUCCCGGGUAUGAGGACUACUCUCCUUUGGCAGACAGAGGAACAAGCUCCAGGAGAAGACCUCCAUAUGGACUUCGAGAGGGCCCCUACGGCCGCCGAGGCCCGAAUCGCCGCUAUGAAAUAGGGGAGUACGAGCCGCAGUAUGUGCCCCCAGAACCGGACCCCGAAUCUCGAUAUGGGAUCCCCAACCCCCUGUCAGAGCCUGCGUAUGAGCUGCUCCCCCGGCAGGGAGUGGGCUCUCUCCCUGCCGCUCCCCCCUUUGACCAGGGCGAACCCAGACCCCCAGAGCCUUGGCUUCGCUACAGGCCCCGGGAGGGGCCCCCAUUUCCAGAACGGGGUGCUGCAGGAGGGACCCGCCGAGAGCUCUAUGACAGCCGGUAUGAGCCCCACGAAGGCUUCCAGGCAGAGGAGUGCGGGAUCCUGCACGGCUGUGACAACGGCAGGUGUAUCCGCGUGUCCGAAGGCUACACCUGCGACUGCUAUGAUGGCUACCAGCUGGACAUGACAAACAUGGCCUGCAUAGACGUGAACGAGUGCGAGGAGGAGGGGGACCCCGGCACUCUGUGUGUGAACGGCCAGUGUGUGAACACGGACGGCUCUUACGAGUGCGUGUGCCUCCGGGGGUUCGUCGUGUCCAGACAGCCCCACUACUGCGUCCCCGCUCCGCCCCUGCAGUGAGACGGGCGGCGGCGCCGGAGAGCCCUCUCGCUCCCCGCCCCUGCAGUGAGCCGGGCUGCGGCGCCGGAGAGCCCUCUCGCUGCCCGCCCCUGCAGUGAGCCGGGCUGCGGCGCUGCCGCCAGCGCUGCGCUUCUGCCGAUUUCCCCCUUCUGUUGUUUUUUUUCCCCCUUUCCUUUUCAGAUGUUCGAGGGCUUUUUAAAAAAAAAUCUGUAAACGCAAAUAACCGCAACGUCAUGAAGCGAUCUUUUUUUUACUGUCUGCAAAAGUCCGGUGGACGUGAAAAGCGCAGCCUUGCUUUAAAAACGAGGCUUCAGGCUGCACAGUGCCCCUGAGAAUGUGUGAACAGUGAAGCGGAUCGGUUGCCAAGGCUGUGACCACGUGGCCAGCCUGGCCUGGACACCCAGCAUGCUCUGACCAAACUAUGGCUGCCAGUUUGCCUUGACUUCACCUCACAGAUGAGCUUCUCUGGACCAUCUCUCUGCCCGUGAGCACCCGUGACUGUUAAGGGAGGACUUAGCACUACGUCAUAAAGAUUUAAGCAAUAACACUUACCAGCCAUUUCCUCGUUAGCACUGAUAUCUCGUGUGCUUGUUAGGUUCUUUACCCAAAGGGUGGUGGGAGUGUGGAACUAGCUACCCAGCCAUGUUGCUGAAGCUGCUGCCCUGGCUUCUCUCAAGGAGCAACUGAAAUUCUUGGAUCAGGUAGCUGGGCCAAAGGGUCUCCUCUUGUUUGUAACCGUUCUCACGCUCUUUAGGAGCUUUUAAAUGUUCAGGAACGUCCAGGGUUCAGGGUGGCAGCGGGCUGGGGAGGCCGCGUCCACGCUGGUCCUGCCCUCCCGGCGCUGAGCGCAGCACGAUAAACCCCCCGCCCCCCCUCGCUAGCUUUCUUCCUUUCCAGAGGUAAUAGACGUGUGGGAUCGGCUGUUGAGGAAAGAAUCAUCCUGUCAGUUCGAUUAUUUCAAGUGGAUUCUCAAUACUGCAACAUCACUCCAGGAUGAGGCCUGGGAAGUCAAGUACUGUCUCUCCAGGCUGUCAGAUGCGACACAACAAAGCAUAUAACUCCUAGUAAGGAUGCUGAUAGUGAAAGGUUUGUGAUAACAGUGAUCAAUAGCCCUUUAACCAAAUCCUUUAGCUAACCUAUGCCCAGCUGCUGAAGAGCUGAAUUAUUCUCACGGGAAGGCAUUAUUUGUCAAACUGCUGCUUGUUAAGUUCUCAGCUUGGUGACUGAGAGCCGCGCGGACUCGGGACACCAGCAGAGAAAGGGAUCCUGCAGAGUAAGAGCUGAAAACACGGGCGAAUAGCACUGAUGCUCUCCCUGCACCUGGAGGGCCACUGUGCCUUCUGGUUGCCAUUUGAUCUGAGCUGUUUAGUUCGACUUAAAUCGGAUCACUUAUUGACUUAAUUGGUCACCACUGUUUUCAGGUCUUUGACCACUACGGAUUGAGUGGGAAUGCCAGCAGGCUAGUGAUUCUUCAGAGCCCUACGUGUCCCUGCUGUGUGGGAGGAGUUGACCCUAUGACUGAGCGUUCACCAGGACCCUUUGAGACAGCGGGGGGUUGUAAAACGAACCUCCAAUUUCAAAAAAUGUGAAAAUUACACAUUAUACCUCAGAUGAGCUUAAUUGUGGUGUUCAGUGACUGUGUGGGAUGAACCUGUAAUUCAGAUCUGUUGCACUUCGUGCCCAUCAUUGAUCUGACCAUCUGAACAGCUGAUGACUUUCACCGGUUCAUUCAGGAUAGUCAUUCCAAAUGCAGUUUUAUGAACCAUUAACAGAAUCUGAACACUGUGGUAUUAGAUGAGAACUUCAACAAAGUAAUCAAAGUGAAUAUUUAAAAAUAUGCUUUAUGGAUUUUGUUGUUAUUCCCCUGCUGGGUAAUUAAUUAAGCCAAUGUAAUUCCGGAUAAAUCUUUUGUUUUGGGACAAUUAUAAAUUCCCCUGUCUCUGUCCUGAUGCAGGUGAAGUCAUGUGGUCAUACCGUGGACUUUAGGAUGGAGAUCCAGCUGUCUUACCUUGUACUCUGAAUAAGAACAGUGCUUUAAUACUGAAGAGGUCAACUACAGUAGGAUAUUGAAAAGGGUUGUUUUAUCGAAACUGAAGUCACACCACACAGCAGUAAAGCAGUUGUUUUUGUGAUUGAGUGUGAUUAGUGAUGUUAAUCAGGGAAAUUAGAGUUUAUAGUUUUUUGUUCCUAAAUCCACCUAAAUCUACAUAACAAGCAAAAAUGUUGAAAAUUAGUGCAAAGGCAGUGGUUUUUGUUACAACUCUUAGGAGGGGGCCUGAUCAUUUUUUAAAGCAAUGUUUUCUCAUAAUGAGAUGCUUAGCUACUGCACCCCACUUUCUGCCAAGAGAGCUGUUAAUUGUUAUAGUCAACAUACUUUAGUUAAAAAAAAACAUUUAAAACCCAAAUAAUCACAAAUGGAAAUUCCUAAAAAAAGUAAGAAGGUAUGGCCAUUUCAGUAGGAAAAGCUAGAUCACUAUAGAUUUAUGUGUUUUAUAUCCUAUUGUAUAUUAAUUUAUACUCUGUGCAAAGUUAAGCUCUUUUUUACUUUAAAAAAGCUAUUAUAAUAUUACUGUAACUGUUAAAGAGCACAUGCGACCGUGAUUUUAAAAUGCUGUUCUGUAAGAAAAACCCGCCAAGAUUUCCGAGAACUACUCCACUAUAUUCACUUCUCGUCCAUAAAAAGCCUGUUGAUUUUUAAUCGUCUUAGAACGAACGUGCUUGCAAAGAAAUAUCGCUGUAACUAAUAAAACAAGUCUAACGGGUCUUUCAUUUUGGCGGAAUAAACUUGGAAAAGUGAAAUACGUCUAAAUAUAUAAAGUAUGUAACGGAAAGAAUUGGGUUUGAAGUGCUUUCUAAUGCUCACUUUGUAUUAUUUAAAUCUCUUUUAGUAUAAAAAUAUUGGUGAUAAUCGUUUAUCAGUUCUCAACCUGCAUUAAGAGAUGGAAAUGGGUUUUAAAAUUACUAUUCACCUUUUCAGUUUAUGACGAAUGUCUCGUCUUCAACUGUAUGUUUAUGUCAUUGGUCAGUUUUUUUUCACGUAGAUUAACAGAUGAAAACCUAAAAAUGAUUCUCAGCACAUAAACUUGUAUAACACUGUGCACUGUACUUGCGGAGGACUGAACUAUUGUAUUAAGCUGCAGUCCGCGGUCUUUGGGAAAAAAAUCAAAUGCUGUUUUUUGUCAUUUGGUUUUGAUCUUGACUGAAGUUUAGUGUUUUCUUGUUCAUGUAUAAAACGUUGUUUUUUUAAUGUCUUUGCACACAUUCCAAUUCUGAAUAGCAACGCUGUACAUUUGUAUUUCGGAAGAAAAUAAAAUAAAUUGUAUACCUGAUAACAGAGCAGUUCAAUUUUACACGGUCUGAAAUAAGUAAACACCCGAAAAAAAAGAUUCGGAAGA